AUGUGCGAGGGUGCGUUCGAGGGCAAACUUUCGAAAUGUGAUAAUUGUUUUAAAAAGUUUGAAUCAUGCCUGCACGGUAAGUAUUGCUUCCACACGUGCGCUGGAUACGCAGGUAUGAAUGCAAAAGAAGCCAAAGCUAUAUGCAAGCCCAGUUUAAUCUUGACUAUCACAUCGAGGAUUGAUGAAAAGAAUGUUAACGAGUUUCUCGUUGGAACGACUCUAUACAAAGAUUCGAACAUUCUGCUGAACUUGAGGAAAGUUCAUGACGUGUGGAGAUGGCAGUUAGGCGCUGGCAGCUUUUCCGUCAACUAUUCUUGCUCGUAUUUCCAAAUUGGUAAGAAGUGGGAGGCAGGACCGUGCAGAGCAAAAGUUUAUCACGUCGUCUGCAUGACUUUAAAAUGUCAGAUGGAAUGGGACGUUGACACUCCUUUGAAGUUUGAGAAUGGGAUGCUAAUGAAUGAAAUCUACGAUGUUUCAUCAUGCCAACUACUUUGUCAGUUCUUUGUUGAACGCUGCUUGGCAUACGAAUACGCGUCCAAACCGUUUUCAUGUUGGAUUUUCACUGAUGGAUCUAAAACUACCGAUUUGAAACAUCACGUCAAUCAAUUCAUUAAGCCUCUCGAAUGCGAUAACUUAGCCCCAGACACGCAGGCAGGCAGAUCAAUUAAUGCAACUGAAGAUCCAAACUUGGUCAGAGAUGACGGCAACAUUCAGGCGUUGAAGCUCAGAGUGGAUUACAUUUCAGAGUUGGAGAAGAACCUGCCAAUAUUGAUAACUGUUGUUAUGACACUACUGCUUGCAAACAUCAUUCUACUUUACAAAAUCGUAGCAAUAAUUUUUGACCCAAUAUACAGUAAACAACAAUCGAAGUUUGAUACUGAUAUUGAAUACAUCAGAAAUGGGUUUGGGCUACACUGGCUUCGUAUGUCAGAAAGGAUGUUCUACAUGCAAUAA